AAAAUACAACUGUGGCUGCUGCUAUCUGCUAUCUAUUAAGAAAGCUUAAAUCUCGGUUACACGUCCAGUGACGAAUACUUACUCCAGGGAGGAACUUAUUUUCAUUACCGCUAUAGUGAAUAUAACUAACGCGCUGGGUUUUUAUAUCAAAUGCAAUAUUCAACGGAGUAAUCAUCAUUUAUUUUUUGGAAUCUAUUUCAUGGACUACUUAUUUACAAGGUGUGCUGUUUGGUGUUAAUGCUUGAGCAACACUGUUAAUAGGAUACAUUUGUGCCAAUGGUGGAAAGAGCUUUAAAUAUCUCAAACGAAACUUUCAACACAUCUGAUGUAGCAUUAAAUGUCACGGACUUUUUGGAUCAAAAUGAGAACUUUUACGACUUCGUUCAUAUUCUCUACAAAUACUUCAUUCCAAUCCUGUGCAUCUUUGGGAUCAUUGGAAACACGUUAUCUUUUCGUGUCUUCGUCUUCACUAGUUUUGCGAAGCAGCCUUCCAGCGUCUAUCUGGCGGCACUGAGCGUGUCAGACACGUGGUUCCUUUCUGCCUUAUUGGUUAGCUGGUUCGGUAGUAUCGACAGAUCCCGUUUCGCCUCCCAGUCAGGAAUAUUCUGUAUGAUCUCCAUUUAUGUCACUUAUGUCACGAGCUUUUUGUCCAUUUGGUAUGUGGUUCUGAUAAUGUUGGAUAGAUACAUAGUCGUGUGCCAUCCUCUUAAAGGUCCCCGGAUGUGUUCUAGACAGCGAGUUUUGAUUGCAUUGACUAUCAUAACAUCAUUUGCUAUGCUAUUUUAUUCCCAUUGCUUUUUCACUAUGAAAACAGAUCAGCUUGACGAUAAUGAAAGGCAAUUAUGCAGAAUUCGAGAGAGUUAUUACCAUGUUCUUCGUGUCAUUACCUACUUUGACAGUAUUAUUACAUUUAUAGUACCAAUUGCCGCUGUUUUUGUAUUUAAUCUUGCUGUCAUUCGAGCUAUUCGGAGAUUUUACUUUCGACAAUUCCAAAUGAGCCACGGAAGAAUGUACACCUCCACUUCCCCGAUGUUUAAUAUUUUAUCCAAGGCACAAGUUCGAUUAACUGUUAUGUUAAUCAUUGUGUCAACGGUGUUCCUUGUGCUCAAUCUUCCUAGCCAUGGAUUUAGGUUUUUUAUACUGGUUAAUGAUUUCUUAAAAAGACGACAAGAAAAUUUUGAUCUCUUUCUAAUUCAGCAUUGUCUCCAAAUCAUGUAUUAUACCAAUUUUGCUAUUAAUUUUGUUCUGUAUUGUGCGUGCAGUAAAAGUUUUCGAAGGUGUUUCAAAGAAUCAUCAAAAUGUCAGAAACAUUGACGCCAUUAAAACUUCACUGUUAUGUUCUU